AUGGACAACCAAGUAGAAAUCCAGGAAGCACAUGAGCAUGCAGAGGAUCAAAUCAACUUGCCCAUGGAUCCAGCCAAUGAGACCGACAUCGGGAACGGGAUAGAACCGGAACGUGAAUAUGAUCAGCCCGAAGGCCAUCGAGGACGGCGGUCCAUCUCACCAGAAGAGAGACAAAAUCUCACUCAAAACCCUUCAGGUCUGGGUCAGGAACAUGCUCAUGCACAGCGCGAUCAAAUUUCUUUCGUCGGCGACGGCACUCUUCCUCCGGGUUAUACGACAUUCCCACCGCAGCUCCGAGUCGAUCUGGCUCUCGGGGUGGUCGCAGCAGCUCCGGCUCAGAUUCUGACUCUAGUUCAAGCUCAGAAGACUCCGCUAGUGGGUCUGAUAUUGAUCCUGAAACUGGAGAGCCAGCCUAUGUCGAGUCACACAUCGAGGACCAACUCAAUACCCCUCGGACCGCAACUUCAGGCUCUCAAACGAUCAACAGACACCUCUGCUGCUCUAUCUUAUCAUGCUCACAAAGUUGUGGAGGUUGUCGCGUCGCAAAACCGAGCACGAUCUCAUGCAGAUCUCAUCUAUGAUGACAUCUUCUCUGGGCGCGACGUUCUCGAUCUCUCCGAGAGGCUUUCUCUGACCGAGAAUGACAUAACCGUUUCUUUUUCUCUCGAUGGUGCACAGCUUUAUCAAACCAAGAAAUCUGACACUUGGAUCGCAAUUUGGAUUGUCACCGACUACGACCCAUCGACUCGAUACAAGCGGAAACACGUACUCCCAGCGGCAGUCAUUCCAGGGCCCAAUAAACCCAAAAAUAUUGAUUCUUUCAUGUUCCGUAGCUUCUAUCAUUUGUCUGCACUUCAACGUGAGAAGAACGGUCGUGGCCUACGUAUCUGGGACGCCUUACAGAAGAAGACAAUCGAUUCUAGAAUUAUUUUCAUUCUGGGCACGGCUGAUGCAGUUGCAUUGACUGAAUUUGACGGCCGUGUUGGGCAUCACGGUGCCCAAGGAUGUCGCCUCAGUUGUGAUAUGAAAGGCCCGCACAAACCCUCGAGCGGCCAUUAUUUUGCCGCACACCUUCGCCCCAACAAGCUGAUUCGAAAUUACGCACAUCAUCCAGACUAUAACUUCCAUGUCAUGCCCUCUCUUCCGUCGCCAGAAAGCUAUCAGGCCCAGCUGGAACAAGUCAUUAUGUCAUGA